AUGAAAGCUCUCAAUGAUGACAAUAUUUUUUUAUACAAUCUAACUCUACAGAAACAGUCGAAUUAUGUUCAUUCGUGUAUUGGUAACUUUAUAGACAUUAAUAGUGAUAUUGAUUCAUCGAAGGAACUUAAAUUAAUGCAAGAUGUAAAGAAGAAAAAAGUUAAGGAAUUGCAAUUAUGCAUUGCUACUGAAACCCAUAUUGAAUUAUACGAUGUAAGCGAAGGUACAUUAAAUUUAUGUAUUACUAUCCCAAUAUUCGCAACGAUAACUGCAAUGGAUUCCUUUGUUAUUCCAAAGGCUCCUUAUUCAUUUUUAGCAAUUACUUCAGAUUCAGGUGUACUUACUAUAGCACGAUUUAUUAGAGAAUCAGGUAUUAUUAAGUUGAAAACUGACCUUAAUGAGCCGUUAUCUAGAACCGGUCUUCGUAGAUUAUCUCCUAUAUCUUAUUUGAAUAUAGAGCCAUAUGGUAGAUGUCUAAUGGUUUCUGCAAUGGAACGUUCAAAAUUGUGUUUUUUGCUAGAUUACGAAGAUAAUAAAAUUAAGAUUUCAUCUCCAUUAGAAAUCAAUAGAUCUGGUAUGAUUAUGAUGGGCGGUACGUCUUGUGAUGUCCGUUAUGAUAACCCUUGUUUUGCAACAAUAGAAAUUGAUACUUCGAGAAACAACGAUUUUCAUUUGGUGUUUUAUGUUCUCGACCUAGGUUUGAAUCAUAUCAUUAAGAAAUCGGAUUACAAAAUAAGGAAAGGUGCCAAUUAUAUAAUGAGUCUACCUGAAUUAUCUAAAUAUAAUAUAAGAACCAAAAUCAAUGAUCAGCAUAGCGGAAUAGGAGACUUAGAUGAUGAUAUUAAUCCAUUCGUCUUAUUAGGGUAUGAAGGGUUCAUUUUGAUAAAAGAUUUAAGAGGUAAUUAUAGUCUAAAAGUACAAAUUCCAAAAUCUGGAGGACAAUUUUCCACAAAAAUUAUUGCACAUUCAAUUCAAACUUUGAAGAAGGAGUUUUUUAUCUUGUUGCAAUCUAAUUAUGGAGAUCUAUUCAAGCUGACAAUAAUUCCUGACGAAAAUGAUAGAAACAGACCAGUUGCGUCAAUAUCGUAUUUUGAUACAAUUUACCAAGCUGAAAAAAUGCAUAUACUUAAAAAUGGUUAUCUAUUUUCAAAUUCUGAAUUUGGUGAUAAUUAUUUAUUUCAAUUUGAGAGCUUAGGUGAAGGUGAAACUCUUUCUACAUCAAAAAGUUCUGAAGUUUCAAAGCAAUUUGAGAGAUCAGAGACUCUCGAAAAUUUAAGGAUCGAAUCAACUCAAAAAAAUGCCAACCCAAUUAUUUCAAGUUGUAUCACUAAUGAUUGCCCUUUAACAAUAAUGGUUCGAUCAGAAAACAAUCUCAAGCUAUAUAAAAGUGGUGUCAAUUUCAAUACCAUGAUUUCAACAAAUUUACCAUCAUCUCCUGGUAAACUAUGGUCCAUAAGAUUAAAUUGUAAUGUUUAUCACAAAUUGUUAUUUCUAGGGUUUCAAAAAUCACUGACAAUUUUAGAAGUAGACGAUGAUUCUAUUGAAGAGUUGCGAAUUGACAAAAACCCUUUUAACUUGAACAAGGAUCUUACUAUAUUUGUUGGUGCAAUUGGAGAAAGAUCUAUUAUACAAGUUUGUGAAAAUGAAGUAAGGCAAAUUGUUUAUGAUAAAGAUCAGCAGACUUAUGUUUCCAAAUUAGAUUGGUAUCCACCUGCAGGUAUUCGAAUUGUAUGUGCGUCAAGUACAAAGUCUCAACUUGUACUAGCAUUAUCAAAUUGUGAAAUUGUUUAUUUUGAAAUAGAAGUAGAUUCGCAGAAUGAUUCAUUAAAUGAAUUACAAUCAAGAGCUGAUAUGGGAGAUCUAAUAACCAGUAUUAGUUUAUCAAAUACAAACAGAAGUGAGUACUUAGCAGUUGGGUUAAAAAAUUCAUUGGUGAAAAUCCUAUCAUUAUCAUUAAAUGAUACUGAAACUUUUUUUGAAGUCGUCUCAAUUCAAGCAGUGAUGUCUUCUGUUUCAGACAUCCGUAUAAUUCAAGGCUUAGAUAUGGAACUGCAUGUUGGUUUAAAGGAUGGUGUUUAUUUACGUUCGAAGUUGAGUGUGACAGAUGGCCAAAUAUACGAUAUUCGAACAAAAUACAUGGGUCCUGAGCCAGUUUUAUUUUACAUUAUCUCGAAUACAGAUUUGACCAUGAAAUCUACCGAAGCGGAUAAUGAUGAUGGUGAAGAAGAAAGUGAUGAAGAGGAAAAUGUUGGGGCUGUGAUAAGGGAAAAUAAAAGAACUCCAUUAGUUCUAAUAAAAAGUACAAGAACUUGGGUUUCUUAUGAAUAUAAAUCAUUGUUUUAUAUCAAACCACUGCUUUUGGAAAAUUCUUUGUCCCUGUCGCUUGUCACUGAAUUUAGAACUGAAAAUAUGAAGUUCAAUGGCUGUUGCGCUAUUAACUCCAAGGGAUCUCUUAUCAUAGGUAAGGUUCUCGAUUUUUGUAAUGAAGAAAAGUGGUUCAAUCUAGAUGAACAAGUGUUAACAAGUGCUAGUAAUAUUUCAAACGAUCCUCAACGUAAUAUAGAGGCAUCAGAUCUAUCACAGAAAAAUGAAGGGUUAAAUGACCGUGUUGAUAAGCAUAAUGAUGAUCAUAACGGUGGGAAAUUGGAGGAUAGAGAAGAAGAUGGUGAAGAAGAGGGAGAAGAAGAGGAAGAAGAGGAAGAGGAAGAAAUUAGGAAGCUCGGUGAAAGAUCCUUGAUAAAUAGAAAGAUUUUGAAAUUAGCAAUGAAUAAUGAAACUAUUGUUACUAUUAGUAACCUAACAGCCUUAAAUGGAUGUUCUAUUUCAUUGGUAAAAAAUGAUAAGGUCUUACAAAAUGAUACAACAAAGCAGAAUAUUGAGGUACUUAAUGAAAUAUGCUGUCUUUCUGCUGUAUGCUAUGAAGAUUCUCGACAUGAUCCUAAAUUAAUAAUUUCAGCUAAAAACGGUACAAUUUACACUUUCAGUCUACUAUUUUCUGAUAGUAGGAAGUCAUCGACUGCUUCAUAUUCUUUGGAUUUAUUGCAUAAGACAUUGGUAGACGAUCAAGUUUGCGCGAUGUUAAUUUUAAAGGAUCUGAUUCUGGUCCCUAUUUUUGGGAAUCUCAUACUAUACAGUAUAGGUAAGAAAAGGUUACUGAGAUCUGGCAAAUGUAUGACACCGCCAUCACUAACUAAAGUUACAGCUUUAAGUUCUUGGAAUGAUGAACGAAUUGCAGUCGGUGAUAUCCAUGAAUCAGUGAUGAUUUUUGACUAUAACUCGGAUUCUAAAACCUUGAAGCCAAUUGCAGAUGAUAUUACUAAGAGAGAUGUAAUAUCAAUUGAAUUUCUUGAUUCAAGAACUGUUAUUGGUUCAGAUAAAUAUAGCAACAUCUGGACUCUUAGAAUUGAUUUAGAAGAUGAUCAAAAGGUGCUUGAUAAUGUAGAAAACCCAAUGUUAAUUGCUAGUGAAAAUAGUUCAAUGAUAUCAAAAUUACCAAAUGUAAUGGAAUGUCCUUUUAAACUAAAGCUCACGAAUCAUUUUUACUUAAACGAUAUCGUUACUGAUAUUCAUAUUGUAGAAUCUGCUCAUAUAUCAGACCGUCCGGUAAUAUUUUAUACAUGUCUUCAAGGUACUAUCGGAUGUUUGGUUCCAUUACUAACCAAAGCCCAAGUCACUACUCUGAAUGCGAUAAAAAAUGAGAUGUCCAAUAUUGAUUAUACAUUCUAUUCAAUACAGGAAGAUAUUGGCAAUGACAAGAAAAAUUAUAUUGAAGACAAGGGAAAAGCAAGAGAAGAAAACGAAACUAUUAUAAAUACCAACAACACAACAACUCCAGAAGGUGCGUAUUCGAUUGUUAAUAGAAAUCAUUCAAAAUACAGAAGUUAUUAUGCACCAGUGAAAAAUAUCAUAGAUGGUGAUCUAUGUGAAAGAUUUCUAUAUCUCAAUUCAAAUGAAAGACUCGAAAUUUGCAAAAAUCUCAAGGACACUAAACCAGAAGAUAUAAUCAGACAGAUUAAUGAAAUGAGGACUUCUUAUAUGUAA